CUGAGAAACGUGCAGGGACAACUCAAGGAUGCCCAGCUCCAUCUCGAUGAGGCCAUCAGAGGUCAGGAUGACAUGAAGGAGCAGGUUGCAAUGGUGGAGCGCAGAAACAACCUCAUGAUUGCUGAGAUCGAGGAGCUGAGAGCUGCACUGGAGCAGACAGAGAGAAGCCGCAAAGUGGCUGAGCAGGAGCUAAUUGAUGCCAGCGAGCGUGUGGGACUGCUGCACUCUCAGAACACCAGCCUCAUCAACACGAAGAAGAAGCUGGAGGCUGACCUUGUUCAGAUCCAAGGUGAGGUGGAAGAUGCUGUCCAGGAAGCAAGGAAUGCAGAAGAAAAGGCCAAGAAGGCCAUCACUGAUGCUGCCAUGAUGGCAGAGGAGCUGAAGAAGGAGCAGGACACCAGUUCUCACUUGGAGAGGAUGAAGAAGAACCUGGAGGUGACUGUGAAGGACCUGCAGCACCGUCUGGACGAGGCUGAGAACCUGGCUAUGAAAGGAGGCAAGAAGCAGCUCCAGAAACUGGAGUCGAGGGUGCGCGAGCUUGAAUCUGAAGUUGAAGGUGAGCAGAGACGAGGAGCAGAGGCCAUCAAAGGUGUUCGCAAAUAUGAGAGGAGAGUGAAGGAGCUGACCUAUCAGACUGAGGAGGACAAGAAGAAUGUUGCCAGACUCCAGGAUCUUGUGGACAAGCUGCAGCUGAAAGUGAAAUCCUACAAGAGACAGGCUGAGGAGGCCGAGGAGCAGGCCAACACACACAUGUCCAGGCUGAGGAAGGUGCAGCAUGAGCUGGAGGAAGCUCAGGAGCGCGCUGACAUAGCUGAGUCUCAGGUCAACAAGCUGAGGGCAAAGAGUCGGGAAAUUGGAAAAGCAAAGGACUCUGAAGAAUGA